AUGCAUCUUGCCAAAAUUCUUCCGUGUGUCCUUCUGCCUUUGACGGCUAUUGCGCAUGUCACUACCGGACAGUCUCAUCGCCGAACAUGUACUGUCAAGGCAGCAGGUUCUGAGUCAACUGAUGAUACGCCUGCCAUCCUCGAAGCCUUCCAUAACUGUGGAAACGGAGGGAGGAUUGUCUUCCAGAAUACCACAUACCAUGUCAACAGUGUCAUGAACACAAGCGGACUGCACGAUUGUGACAUUGACCUUUAUGGCACACUUUUGUGGGGAACCAACAUCUCGUACUGGCUCUCCCACUCCCUGGACGUGGGCUACCAGAACCAGUCCACCGCAUGGGUGAUAGGAGGCAAGAACAUCCGGUUCAACGGCCACGGAUACGGCACAUUGAACGGCAACGGCCAGGUGUGGUAUGACUAUGUCAAGAGUGUGUCGAACUAUCCUCGCAGGCCGCAUGCCCUCACCGUUGCGCGCGCGUCGAACUCGGUCUUUCAGGGGCUGAGAUUCCUGCAAAGUCAGAUGUGGACCUUGUCUGUAAUUAACUCGCAUCAUAUCCUCUUCGACUCGAUCUAUGUGAAUAGCACGACCACCAACGGCAACUCAGCUCACAAUACUGAUGGAGCCGACACCAUCUACAGUUCGCACAUUACCUUCAACAAUUGGACGGUCGUCAACGGCGACGACAGCAUCAGCGCCAAGGCCAACUCCACCGACAUUCUCAUCACCAACUCAGUAUUCUACCGGGGCCUUGGCAUCGCCAUAGGCAGUAUCGGCCAGUACAAGGACGUAUUUGAGACCAUCGAGCGCGUGCGAGCCGAGAACAUCACGUACUACGGCACGCUGCACAGCCUUUACUUCAAGACCUGGACGGGCGAGCAGGUCAAUUACCCGCCCAACGGUGGAGGCGGCGGCCUUGGCUGUACUAUGACCCUUUCCAUUUGCGCUUUUCUCAAAUGUGUGUUGGCUGUCCUUCUAACGUGUGCCGUUGCAAUAGAUGCCUCAGAUAUAUCCGCCGCAAACCUCCGCGCCUACAAUCUGCGCGGGGCCCCCUUCACCGUCUCUCAGUGCACGACAUUUUCAGGGGCGAAGAGCAACUGCACCUCGUCCAAGUUUCAGAUCCGGGAUUUGCGCAUCGAAGAUAUCACAGGGUCGUCCAAGACGGACGUGGUGGCCAGCUUUCAGUGUAGUGCCGUCAAGCCGUGCACGAAUAUCCAGAUUCAGAAUGUGAACUUGCAGCUGCCGAAUGGGACGUUGGCGGAUGAGUAUCUGUGCGGUAAUGUCGAGGGCACUCGGGGGUUUAACUGCACGGGGAAAGCAUGUGAGAAGCCCAGUGCCACAGGAGGGUGUUAG